CUGUGAUGGAUAAAGGGUCUAUUACAAUCUUCAUUUUUUGUCUUGGGAUGGCUAAUAGCUUGGAGUGCCAUAAGUGCUUAAUUAACGAAGGGAACUGCUCCCAGGCUCCAGUGGAAGUUUGCAGACCCAACCAAGAUGCCUGUUUCACAGUGAUCAAGAAGUACCAUGGAUUGAGCGCAGAUACCGCAAAGCAAGGCUGUGGAUCCUCAAAUAAUUGCCGAAGGUACCCCAUGGGCCUGAUGGGUUCCUUGUUCAGAACAAUGUGGUGUUGUUCUUCAAAUCUUUGCCAACCCAUCCAUUUGUCUGUCAAACAAGAUGGAUUGCAAAACGGGCUGGUGUGCCAAAGCUGCAUUGGGGACACAACUGAAUGCAGCCUGGCGGCCCCUUUGCGGCAAUGCUACGGGAGUGAAGAUCGGUGUGUGCAAAUUUCCCAGCGUUUCCUUCCAGGAGAACAGCUAGAACCCAUCGUAAAGGGAUGUGGAAAUAAUAGCUCUUUCGAAGAACUGCAGGUGCUUUACCAGAUUGGAAGAGACUUUGCUUUCUUUGACCAAAAAGUCUGUGACCAAUCCAACUGCAAUAAUAGAAGUUUUCCAGAGAUCCUCCCAGGAGAGCCCAAUGGGCUACAGUGCUAUACUUGUCGUGAUUCGGGCCAUGAAGAGUGCGCUGUCCAGAAACGGCAGGUUUUGAGGUGCACCGGAGCCAUGAACCGGUGUGUCCAUAUCAUCAGAGCAGAAAAUGAAAGCACAGCCGUGACCAUCCAGAAGGGCUGCGCCACGGAGUCCAUGUGCAGGAGAGACACGGAUAUAUAUCUUAGACUGAAGAGAGGAAAUACUCAUGCCGAAUGUUGUAAAAGGAAUCUUUGCAACAAAGCCCACAGUCCCACCGGCCCACAACUGGCGGCAAUUCUUAGCUUAUGGUUGGUGUUGAAGGUCUAUCAAUAA